AUGAUUCAGGAGGAAUGGGAAAUAGUUUCAAAGGAGAUGAUAGAGGAAGAGAAGAAAGAUACAAGCGAAGCAGUAACAGAAGCAACUGUUGUAGAAAUCAAGGAAGCAGAGGAAAAAGAAAUAACUAUCCCAAAGGAAAUGGAUAAAGAAAAGAUAAAAGAACCAGAGCAAAUGAUUACAAAGGAUACAAUAGUGAAAAUGGAAGAACACAAGGUUAUUACAGAAGAUAUCAUGGAAGAACUGAAAAAGACAGAAAAAAGAGGAAACUGUUCCACAUGCAUUACCAGAAGAAAAGAGAUAAAACCAGAAGAAAAAGAGGAGACUUUGACGCAUGAAACAUGCGAAGAAAAGCCAAAGGAAGCUGACACACUAGUGAAAAAGGAAGAAGAGAAAGUUAUUACAGAAGAUAUCAUUGCAGAAGUGAAAAAACCAGAAGAAAAAGAUAAAACUGUUCCACCUGAAAUACCUGAAGACAAGAUAAAGGAAGCUGAGAAACUAGUUCCAAAAGAAACAAUAGUGAAAAAGAAGAAGAGAAAGUUAUUACAGAACAUAUCACUGAAGAAGUGA